ACUGGUUCAACAAAUGUAAGUUAAAUCCGGCUGCCAAUUUUUUUUAGAUCGUUUAUUCGUUUUAAUGGUCAAACGCAGUUUGAUAGCAAUCACAAACGCAAACGCAGUUCGUGGAAUCCCGAUCGUUUUAUCACCAGCGGCUGCGCCUUUGCUCCUCCUCCUCCUCCUCCUCCUCCUCAUCGUCGGUAUCUUCUCUUUUAUUCCAUCGUCGAUCUUUUCAUAGCAGACAAUCAUGUCUAACCGACGCUCGAAUCGGCAAGACGAUAACGCAAGAUACGUUCCCAAGGGUAAUCAGCAGCAGCAGCAGCAGAAGUUUAUACCCAAACCCAUGAAUCCAACUCUUACCUCUAAUUCCACUCCUUUCCCCGUUUCUCUCUCUUCUUCGCUUAGGCAAUCAGAUUCCUCCACCGCGAGUUCCAGAGUCUCCGCUUCAGGUGGUAGUAGGGUUAGGAUUGGGGAUCAGGGACAGCUGGUGGCUCUAGGCGGUGGGAGUUUCGUCAAUUACUUGCCGCAGGAUGAGCCUGUAGCUGCUGGUCUCGGCUCCGAUGAUGGAGGUUUGGAUCCAGUUGAGUCUCAGCGAGUGGUCGAUCUCCUCAAUAGAGAGCUCUCAAGGCUCCUUAAGCUCAAUCCUAAGGAUUUUUGGCGAGAAGUGGCUAGUGAUGCAUCGUUGCGUGAUUUCUUGGAUAGCUUCCUGCAGUUUAGAAGCAGAUGGUAUGAUUUCCCUUUUCAUGGUGUCAAGGGAAUUGUUGCCGGUGUAAUUGUUGGAGAAGUCGAGUUAUGUCGCCGUGUUUUCAUGGUCUUGUAUAGAGUAUCGUCCAAUAGGGAUCCCGGUGCUCGAGCUUCUGAUAGCCUCAGUCUGAAAGAUCAUGAAGUUCUCUUGCAGGACAAGAAGUUACUGGACUUGCCAAAAUUAUUGGAUAUAUGCGCUAUAUAUGGACAUGAGAAUGCAGAGCUCACAAAAUCUUUAAUUGAAAAUGCUGUGAAAUCACAAAAUUGGAUUCCGNUAGUUAUNUCAGACCUUUUGGAGGUUAUGGACUUCAUUAAUGAUGGAGUUGUUUCUUUGGAUGCUUUUAUUUCUGCUUAUACACCAGCUGUUAUAAUCUUAGCAUGCCCUGUUGAGACAAGUUAUGGGAGCGAUGAAAUUCUCCGCAGCCUUGUUCUGUUGCAUGAUUCAUUGCUUCCAUCACUUCAUCAUGGCUUUCAGGUCUUGUUCAAGGAUGGAGACCAUGAUUCUCUUUCAGAUAUAUCAACGAGUUUAAACAUGUUAUCAACAAGGAUAGGAAGUUUAUGUUGGAACAUAUUAGAUAAUUGUUAUCUCAGCAAUGAUGUGUUCAAUCACGAAACUUCAAUUCCACCUGUCACAAAGAUGUUCCCGUCAAGAGUAGAGGACCCUAUGGUGAGGGCAGAUAUAUUGAUUCAAACAUUCAGGGAGAUCAGUGGACUUUCUGAGCAGUCAGUGGAUAGCAAGAACCGAUUACUCCAAAAGCUUGAGAAGAAUUACAGAAUAAUUGACAGACUUAGGAGUUUACAGACUGCAGGAUGGCUAUCAAUGGAAGAUGAGCAGCUUCAGUAUUUGUCCAUGAUCAUGUUGCAUUCUGCAGACACUUUCUCUAUGAAGGAGUCGCCGCUUCUUCUAACUGAUGGUGGAAACACCAAAGAUCUUAUGGAUGAGAAUGCUGUAGUUAUGCAAUCCAAGAUCAGUCAGAUAAAAGACAUAUUCCCUGACUAUGGGAACGGUUUCUUAGCUGCAUGUCUUGAAGCCUAUAACCAGAAUCCAGAAGAAGUUAUACAGAGGAUUCUUGAGGGAACACUCCAUGAGGAUUUGCAGCGGUUGGAUACCUCACUGGAGACGAUGCCACAACCUAAAACUGCUCCAACUCUUAGAAGCAAAGACAAAGGGAAAGGAAAGCUCAUUGAAUCUGACACUAGUAGCUCUGCUAUUUACACAGGCUCUGCUAUUUACACAGGGCAACCAAUCACACGUCCUUCACUUCCAGCUUCAUCAGCCUCAUCUACAGCGGUUGGUAGAUUUGUCAGAAAGCCAAAGGAUGAUAUUCCAAGCUACAAAAUUCUCGAUGCUAGAAAAGAAUCCGACAGAGAGAGGAACGCAGCCCUACUUGCGCAAUACGAAUACGACGAUGAAUACGAUGAUUCUUUUGAUGAUCUGGGAUUGAGUGUUGCGGAAUCAGGUACAGAAGAAAGCGGGGCGUUUAAUAACAGAGCUGGCUCAGCUGGAUCGGAGCCCUCUGAUGCUCCAAAGUGGGGUAGCAAAAAGAAUCCUCAAUUCUAUGUGAAAGAUGGUAAGAACUACAGUUACAAAGUGGCAGGCGCAGUUGCGGUGGCAAACGCAAACGAAGCUUCACUGAUAAAUGAAGCUGAGGGAGAUAAGAUACUUGGGUUGGGGCGUGGGGGAAACAUCCCUCUCGGAGCGGUAAGAAAGCUGACAGAGUAUCAGGGGCAGAGAGAUGAGAGGGGUCAGCCUAAUGUGAAUGCGAACACAGGAGAUGGAAGAGAGAAUGGGAGAAGCUCGAGAGGGGGAAGGGGAAGAGGAAUGGGGAACAGAGAGCAUCAACCGCAAGAGAAGAGUUAUGAGAAUAACAAUAACAACUCAGAGGUUAGUACAGAGGCGGAGAAUGGAGGAGGAAGGGGUCGAGGAAGGGGACGAGGAAGAGGAGGAGGAGGUGGAGGGAGAAAUCAUAAUCAUAAAGAUAGAGCUAUGAAAAAACACAUUGGUAGUGUUUCUGGUUUCUAGAGAUAACACACAAAACGUUUUAGUGGGUCUUCUUUUUACAUUUUUAUUUUGUUUGGAAACGGGAGAGAAAAGAAACUUAAUAUUUUACAAAAUCAAAUACUCAUUUUGAUUGUAAUGCUUCUUUCUGGUAAUUAAAAAGAAGAAAAAUUAGUUAAUAUCCUUA